UCACCUGUUCCACCUGCGUUCCUGCGCUCAGCAAGGCGCGUCUCCGCUCCGCCGGUGCACCUGCCGCGCCGCCGCGCCAUGACCGAGCUCCGGCCGGGCGAGCUGACGUGUCCCUCCCCAGAGGACACCCUCGAGUCGGACAUGGACUGCGAUCGGCCCAUUUUCUCCGUCAGCGCCGGAGGUCCGAAGCGGGCGGGGGGCGCCGGUGCGCCCUCACCGGCCGCCGCCGCCGCCGCCUCCGACGCGGAGUCCGGGGUCUUCUCCGUGGGAUGCGAGCUGUGCGCGGAGCACGACUCCGAGCUGGACUGGUUCUGCGGCACCGAGCGGAAGCUGAUCUGCGUCCGGUGCGCCUCGGUGGGCUCCUGUCAGGGCCACGCGGUGUUCCCGCUGGCCGCCAGAGUCACCGCGGUCCGGAACCGACUGGUGGACGUGUGUGAGAAGAUCCAGCUGCAGGCGCUGCGGAUCGAGAAGUUCAUCGACCACACGCUGGCGGCCAAGGAGCAGAACCUGCAGGCGGCGGCCAGCCGGGCCCGGGAGCAGGUCCUGGCCCGGGUGGGCGCGGCGCGGGAGGCCCUGGAGGAGGAGGAGCAGCGCCUCCUGGAGGAGGUGCACCGCGAGGAGGAGCGGGUGGAGCAGUGCCUGCUCACCCAGCGCGCCCACUGGAGCCAGGCGCUGGCCAGCCUGUCGCAGACACGCUCACACCUGGUGCACACGCUCACACACACGCCCGACGCACAGCUGGUGACCAGCGUCCAGGAGAUCGAUGAGAGGGUGGAGGAGAGCGAGGGGGUGGGCGAGCCGUGCGACACCGAGCAGCUGAGCCUGAACCCGGGCUGCAGCCACAGCCAGCUGCUGCGGGCGCUGUGGACCACGGCGGUCCUGCUGGGCCCCUCCGCGCGCGGCUCCCCUCAGCUGAAGUUCGACCGGCGCACCGUGAGCCCCCUGCUGUCCGUCUCCGAGGACUCGUGCACUUUGACCUUCCUGCACCGGAAGCCCCGCCAGUCGCCCUGCUACGACCCCGCCCGCUUCGACUACUGGCCCAACGCGCUGGGCUCGCCGGCCAUGUCGUCCGGGACCCACAGCUGGGUGGUGGACGUGGGCCAGAGCGGCGCCUUCAAGGUGGGCGUGUGCUACGCCGCGCUGGAGCGCAAGGGCUCGGGGAACCAGGCCCGGCUGGGCCACAACGGCCAGUCCUGGGUGCUGUCGCACUACGACGGGGAGUACUCCUUCUGCCACGCCGGCGCCAAGGUGCCGCUGCCGCUGGUGCGGCGGCCCGGCCGCAUCGGCCUGCUGCUGGACUGGGACAGCCACACCCUGCUGUUCUACGAGCCCGACUCCGCCGCCGUGCUGCACGCCGUCCAGCAGCGCUUCAGCGCGCCGCUGCUGGCCGCCUUCGCCGUGACGGACCGCAGCAUCACCAUAGUGCACUGACACACACACGCACACGCACACACACACACACGCUUCAACGGACUCCUGGCGUUUAUUGAUCUUCAUGAAGCCCCUCGGUUCAAAAAAGCUCCAUAUCGGUCUUGAUUCCUGAUCGGAUCGGACCCAGACCUCACGCCUAAUGAGCAUCUUCAUCACUUAGCCGGAAUCGAACCGGUCGUCCUGAAAAGCCCGCCUGCUCUACCCACUAACCCACAGUACAGGCUGGUUAUCACUGCUCCUUAUUAGCUUAUUUCUAUAAGUCUAAGAAAUAAAACAAAUCCCGCCGUACCUUUGAGGCCUGCUGGCUGCCAUGAUGGAUCCAGUGGCCGUAGUUUGACACCAGCCUCAUUCCCUGGAAAGCUGCUGUUCCUGGAGCAAAAACAAAAGUAGACAAACAUUCAAUAUUGUAUUAUCAUGAACAUGAAGGGCUAUAACAGGGGUCAGAGUGUGUUUAGUCCACUUUGACUGGAGGACAAUUCAUCUAAUAGAAAUAUUUGAUCCACUAAAAUAGUUUGGUUUUAUUCUAAAAUUCAUUUUAAAAAAUUCCAUUUAAUUUUAAUUGUUGAAAAACAUGAACAAGUUGACCAUUUUAAAAAAAAUAGAAGCAAUCGGGUUAUUUUUAGUGGUGUAAAAUAGCUUCAAGUUUGACACCCUGUUAUAGAAAAACGUCUUUAAAGUAAAUGCUAGUAGAUAUUCAUGUUGGGCGUCUUCAUUUUUUCUAUUUAUUGAAUUUAGUUUGAUUUUAUUUGCUUGUUUUACCAAGUUGUGAAUGUGUUUAUAAGCUGAUUGUUUUAUAGUGUUACCGUAGUGACUGGUCUGACUGAUGGUGAUUGAGAUAUCUGUAAUGAAUGUAUAAUCAGUUAGGUCAGUAACAUGACAUUUUUUAAAACAAACAGAAAAAAAAAACAGCCAUUGAUCAGUUGUUUUAAGAAUGUUCUGGGAUAAAGAAACAAUUUUGUAAAAAAAA